AUGCUGCAAGCAGCUUUCCUGUUCGUGAUCAUGGCCUCAGCUUCAAGUGUCCCGUCCCCAGAAAACCUAGGCCUUGUCGUAGCUCGAUUCAAGGAAUCACUCGAGCCAUGGGCACCUGUGGCCAACAACACGUACCUGUACUCCAAGGGUGGCAUUGAACAGGAGAACGAUACCGUAUCUCACGACCUCUUUCGGAGAUACACCAACUUGCCCAACGUUGGACGCGAAGGGCAAACAUACUUGAUACACAUCGUCAACAACUACAACAGCCUAGAAGACAUCAUGAUCUUCACCCAAGCUAGCCCUUUCGACUUGACAGGCCCAGUCGUCAACAACGUCGACGAGAUGGUCGCUGCAGCGCUACAGGUGCCCAUCGACGACGCAACGCCGUUCAAUAAGCAGAAGCUGUUCCGCGACGAGGACGACUGGGAGGAGAUCAACUGGACCGCGGCCGAGGAGAAGCCGUGGAUCACCGAGAACCAGCUCAAGACACUGGUGAGGGCCAACUAUACUCCUGCGGAAUUCUGGCAAUUUGUACUUGAGGAGGAGCACCCACCCGCGAUUCGGGCAAUGCACGGGGGAAUCUUUGCUGUCAGGCGUGAGACCAUCCAGUGUCGGCCAGUCGAAGUGUACGAGCGGGCACUGCAGAGGUUUGAAGAAGCGAACGCGACCAAUCCCGAGGUUGGUUUCUAUUGGGAGAGGAUGUGGGCACCGGUCUUCUCCAAGCGAUACUGGACCUAUCACCCUAUCAAUGAGAGCACUAACCCCUUUCGGAGGUGA